AUGCUGGAGGUGUUUAAAUGUAACGAGAACAUCUUUGUGGACAUUUAUAAAGAAACAAGUGCAACAUGGUUCAUCUUUGCCAAUAAAAAUUCCAUGGAAAUUCACUUUGGUAUUACACAAGCAGUGUCAAGUCAAGUGAAGCAUAGAAAUUUUUAUAGUAACACAGGAGUACUUGAACAGAACCACAUAUAUCCUUAUGAGUGGCUUGCUGAAUGGCAGCCUAAAGGUAAUCAAGUGACUGAAGAUGUUGAUGGUUUUCCAGAACGAGAGAGUCAGGAUGGUAAACAGAAUUAUGUAAAAUUUUCACGCUGUCAUCAGGCAGAAGGUUUUUUAAAGUACAAAACUUGUCAGACUGUCUGUGAGGAUCCCUUUGAGAACAUCAUAACAAUAUUGUCAACACAACACAGUCUGAUGCUUGACGACAACUUCACUCUUGACGGCCCAGACCAAGCCCUGGCCUGCAUGCAAGUUAUGUUCCGUCUGGGUGAGACAAUUUACGAAGCCACAACUAAAGAUGUGAAGAGGCAAACAGACCCAGACACAUUACAGAAGGAGCAUUCUAAGACGAAGAAACUAAACAGAUUCCUUGGACUCCUGCAGCAUAUUUUGAUUCCUAAGGCAGAGCAAGAUUGCCAAGCCAGUGUGAUGAAUAACAUUAUGAAAAUGGAUUAGUUUUUCAAGAUGAAAAGUUGCAAUAGUUUCUUUUGUUGUAAAAAUGCAAUGAUUUAUUUGAAUGAACUGAUAUGGUUGAUUUUUCAUGAUGUUUGUAAUGUAGAAUUAGAAUUGUGCUGAUCUUGAUACUAUGACAUAUUUAUUGUCUUUGGCUGAAGUAGGAAAAAAAAGUGUUUUCUUUCCAUUCUUUGAGUGAAAUGAUAUGGCAUUUCGAUCUUAUAGAGCUUAGUUUCCUUCUGUUAAUAAUUAAUUUGUGUUGAAAUGUGUAGCCUAAAGUAGGAGUAAGAAUUUGUUGAUUUUUUCAAUGGUUUGCUGAUCAGGAUAUUGUGAUUUUCAUAUUCAGUCUCUUUGGGUGAAGCACAAAAAAAUUUAGUUACAGUUAUUUUAUCGAUUCAGUUAUGCAGCAAGAUCUACUAUAAGCCAGGUCUUUAGCCUGAUUUUGCUUUGCUAUCUAUAAGAAAGAAUUUUACAUUGUAAUUUGGUGAUUAUGUAUUUACAAGUCAUAUUUUUUCUUCUUUUCUGUCAGCUGAUGUAAUAAUGGAUUAAUCUGGAUUCCUUAAAAAAAGAUUGCAAAAUGUUACAACUUACAGUGUGUAUUUCUCAUAAAAUCUAUUAUGGUAUGUAGUUUUGUGUAUUGUAUUAAUUUUUAAAUAUAUUUGAGGUAAAUCAAUUUGAUUUGCAUUAUCUUUGUCAGUAUCACCUUGCAUAUU